AUGGAGGAUAAUCAAAGGGAUUGGCACAUUAAGUUGAAAUCUGCCUUGUGGGCAGAUAGAAUCACUCAUAAGAGGUCUAUUGGUAACUCACCCUACAAGCUAGCAUAUGGUAAAGAGGCAAGGCUGCCCAUUUCUACUAAGCUUCCUACACUUGAUCUUGCAAAUUCUCUUGCUAGUUUUGAAGCAAAUGAUCUGAUGGAAGUGCAGUAUUUUGAGUUAUUGGAGUUAGAGGAAUCCAGAGAUAUAGCAAUGAAGACAAUUGAGUAUCAAAAACUCCAAAUGAAAAGGGUUUUUGAUAAGAAAGCAAAUCCUAAAAUCUUCAUAGAGGGAGAUAUUGUAUUAAAAUGGAUGAGUUGA